UAAAUACACUACUUUCACAGACGCUGUUAUUUAUAAACUAACAAAAUGUCAAAAAUUUCUGGGCAAUCGAUCACAGAAAAUCUGCGUAAAACUGUGAAAGCCGCACAAGCCGUAAAAAAGGCGGCUCCUCGCAAAAGGUCCUACGAUGGGGAUGCCUUCGUCGACCUCUUCGCCCAUCGCGGAGGUCGUGACAUUAUAAUUCUGGACAACCAGGGAGUUCCACUUCGAUCCACCUCCAGUCCGAGGCGUACUUUUCUAUAUGUCUCCAAUCUGAAGCCACUUCUUUUCAUGGCCCGUAAUGUGGUCAGGGAUCUGGAUCCCUCGAACGAUAUAACAUUCAUGCGAAUUCGCUCCAAUAUCGGCGAAAUACACAUGACCUUGGGCGCAGAGUUUAUUUUGAUUGUCAUCCAAAAGUUCAGAAAGUUUAAACGAAAUUCAACUUAAAUGAAAUCUCAAUUAAUGAGCAGAGUUAAUUAAGCUGUGUGUAUCGUUCCAGUGGAAAUAAAAUUGCUUGCAUUUAA